AUGACAGAUCUAGGGUCAGAGACGUCUUCGAUGUCUACUACAGCAGAUCAUGCAUGCGAUCUCUGCGGAUGUCUGCUGGAGGGACAACCGCAGUCUGAGCCGUACCCGAACUAUGAGCGUCAGGACGUUCGCCUAGCAAUCCAGGCCCUUCACAGACUAUGCGACUCCCUGGAUCGCACAUCUAUAGGCCUGAUGCAUGAGUUGGGAAAUAUGACCAGCGGACAAGACAGACUGAGAAGAGAGCUGGCCGAGGCGGAGAAGGAACGCGAUGCUCUUCAAAGACGUUUGAAUUCCGUCGAGACGGCAUACGAGGCUAAGAGUAUUCUCUACGAUACGACGAGGGAGCUUUUCGAUAAGUUGAUGGCUGGAUUUGACCUCCGAGUGGAUCGGGAAGAUAGAGGAAGCGUGCGUUACAGAUCGCGUUUGAGUCCAAUUAAAGAGUAG